AUGUCUAAGGCUCAAUUUUUGAGAGAAUAUAAGCUUGUGGUUGUUGGUGGUGGUGGUGUUGGCAAAUCCGCUCUUACAAUUCAGUUUAUCCAAUCGCAUUUUGUCGACGAGUACGAUCCUACUAUUGAGGAUUCCUAUCGUAAGCAAUGCGUCAUUGAUGACGAAGUUGCUCUAUUAGAUGUGUUAGAUACAGCAGGUCAAGAAGAAUACAGUGCCAUGCGCGAACAAUAUAUGCGUAAUGGUGAAGGAUUCCUUCUAGUAUAUUCUAUCACAUCUCGCAAUUCGUUUGAUGAAAUUUCUACUUUCCAUCAACAAAUUCUCAGGGUUAAAGACAAGGAUUAUUUCCCGAUAAUUGUGGUUGCUAAUAAAUGUGAUUUGGAAAUGGAAAGACAAGUAUCAGGACAUGAGGGACGAGAAUUUGCUAAACAAUUUAGUUGCCGAUUCAUCGAAACAUCUGCUAAGCAACGUAUUAAUGUGGACGAAGCAUUCUACAACCUCGUUCGAGAAAUCCGAAAAUAUAAUAAAGAACAACAAUUCGGAGGUAGAAACCCAACAAGUGGCAUGGGAAGUGGUCAUGAAUAUUCAAAUGAUGGUGGCGAUGAUGGUGGUUGUUGUUGCGUCGUUAUGUAA